AUGCUACGCUUUGGUUUUGCUGGGGCGCGCGCUAAUGCGGCGUUGAGGAUUGUGUAUAACGAAAAGCACCAGCCGGGAGAAGCCUUGUUGGCCGACGAGAUCAUCCCGACGUUUUUCGGGGGGGAUUACUACCAGUUGGGGAAGAUGACGUCGAAAAUAUAUCAAUUUCAGCGCGUGAUUAUGGGCUCUCGAAAGAUGGCUCAUCGGUCGUUGAAUUUGAGAGGAACUUUACCGGGCUCAUACAGUUUCGAGAACUCCCUCUAUUACUUCACUCAGAGGCUCAAGGCCAGCUAUGGCAUCUUGCCGUGGAGUGGCUUCAUGUCUGCUCAUACUCGCUUGAUACCGGACCGGGCGAUUGGGGGGUGUCGUGGCGUGCUGACGGAUAAUAAGAGGUUUACUCAAGAUGACCGAGCUAUGUUCCAGAGGAUUCUGGACACUAUCAAACGUUCGGGAAAAUGCGAUAUAGUAUUCUUGAAAUGGGAGGAUUAUUCCUUCCAAGAGCAGUUGAGGAUCUUCGCUGAUUCGGACGUUUAUAUCAGUGGUGUUGGUACCGGUAUAACGCGAGCUCACAUGAUCAAGCUCGGCGGGGUGGUUGUGAAUCUCGGCGAGUUGGAGUCGCUAGGCGAUCCGGCUCGAGUCCAGGCUUCUUAUAGGGACGUACAAUUCUCUACUGGCGCUCCCUACCUCGGCGCUAUGUUCUACCCACCCAGGUUGUGGAACAUUUACGGUGAAUUUCAGCCGGAAGCGGUACAGUAUAUUAUCGAAAAAGCUGUUGAUAAA